AUGUCUUCCGACGGGGCUGUGCAUUCGAAAGUCAUUGUAUGGAAGCAUGGGCAUGUGGGAGGUGAGAUUAGCGAUGAUGAGAAAAUGAGGCGAGUGGUGGAUACAAUAAAAAAUGAUGACAAUGAACUGUUUCUUCACUGGAUUGAGUUGUCCGAGGACGUUAACGUGAGAGAUUCCUGUGGCAACACGGCACUUCACUGGGCUGCUUCACUUGGUAGCCUACCUGCUGUGACCCAUCUUAUUAUUGCUGGAGCUAAAGUAAAUGCGUUAAACUGUAAUGGGGCAACUCCACUUCAUUGUGCCGCCAUUUGUGGGUAUGUAAACAUUAUAGAGCAACUUCUGCGCAAUGGGGCAGAUGCCGCCGCGGUCAACAAGAAUGGUCAGACUAUGUUUGACUUGCUACGAAUUAUGGGGUGGGAAGGGGCCUCCAUCAUGCUUGAACGCCUGGAGGCCGCACUUCUUGGGCCAGGCAACGGUGGGAAGAUCACUGUGGAUGUUUCCUUUUCGGAUGCACCUCUGUUAGGUUCUUUGCCAGCUCCGCUGCUCCCGGGCACCGGUGACUCGGAGGGAAACGAAACAGCUUUGCAGAGUCCUCUGCAAAUUAAAGAGAAAACGCGCCAUUAUGCAGACAUUAAUGUGAUUGACCCUUCGGAUGCAGAGGAACUGCUUUACAUGCAACGGAGCGCUGAAAUAGAAUUGCUUGUGUCUAGUGAGAUGGCGGGGCGAAACGAGGUAAUUAUAGAGUAUGUCCGAUGGAUGCUAAGUAUUAGGGAUACAAUGAUGCCUGAAAACGUCGUUCGUGUUGAAAAAAGGUCUGGAGAGGUUGAAGUGGUGUUUGGUGAGAAAUAUUCUCCUUAUGGGCCCCAUCAGCUUUUGGUGCGCAUGGUAGGCGAUGCUGAGGGUGAGGAAUUCUGGGUGGACGCGGAGGAAGUGGCGGAUUGCGUUGCGGUAAAGACGUACGUUGACCGCCAUAAUCAAACAAUCAACAAUCAAAGCAAUUCACUUAAUUUUAUUGGUUUUGGUGGGUUUUAUAGCCGCGAUCCAUUGGAAAAUGCUGAACGGCAGGAGCUCUCCAGAGAACUGAAUAAGCUUUUGCACGGUAAUUCACACGUUUUGUCAAGCGCAUCAGAAUCUAACGCCCCAAAGGCUUUGAGCACACAAAUUCCGCCGCUGUGCGUCUCAUCGUCGGUGAAAUUAGUGCCGCGGCAACCUGUGAAUGAGCGAAAGCAGACAGCUUCCUUAAAUAGUUCACUGUACAAAGUGGUAGUGAGCCGUUCAUCCCAUGAUUCCUCUCGUGGGAUUCCAUCGCAUGGUAGCGCAGCAAGCACAUUAGCAUACCAGUGCAGCAGUAUGACAACCGUCGCUACGCACUGCAGCAGUAUGACAACCGUCGCUACGCACUGCAGUAGUGAUGAACAUGACGAACACACUAACAGAGGAUCUCUCUCUACGUUGCCAAAUAAACUGGAUUAUGUUGUUGCUGCCUCUGUUGGAAAGGAGCCUACUGUUGUUCCGCAUGCAAUGCCAUCUGAAAAUAAACCGCCGUACAUUCGACAAUAUUUGUCAGAAGAGGAAAAAAGGAAAUACGAAGCAUUUCUUAGAGUGUCCGCCUUGAGACAUUUGGAACGCAAGAGGUGGAGGCAGAAGAUAUCAUAUUAUUGA